UGCUGUCGUGCCGCCGGGCCGGGGAUCGGAGGGAGUGAGCUGUGCGCGCCCGGAGGGCCCGGGCCGUCGGGCGCUCGUCUUGUUUCCAGCCAUGGGGUCGGCGGCGCUGGAGAUUCUUGGCCUGGUGUUGUGCCUGGUGGGAUGGGUGGGCCUGAUCCUGGCGUGCGGGCUGCCCAUGUGGCAGGUGACCGCUUUCCUGGACCACAACAUCGUGACGGCACAGACCACUUGGAAGGGGCUGUGGAUGUCGUGCGUGGUGCAGAGCACAGGGCACAUGCAGUGCAAGGUGUACGACUCGGUGCUGGCGCUGAGCACAGAGGUGCAGGCGGCGCGGGCGCUCACGGUGGGCGCCGUGCUUCUGGCGCUUGUCGCGCUCUUCGUGACCCUGGCGGGCGCGCAGUGCACCACCUGCGUGGCCCCCGGCCUGGGUAAGGCGCGCGUGGCCCUCACAGGCGGCGCGCUCUACGCGCUCUGCGGGCUGUUGGCGCUCGUGCCGCUCUGCUGGUUCGCCAACAUCGUGGUCCGGGAGUUCUACGACCCGACCGUGCCCAUGUCGCAGAAGUACGAGCUGGGCGCCGCGCUCUACAUCGGCUGGGCCGCCUCGGCGCUGCUCAUGUGCGGCGGCGGCCUCGUGUGCUGCGGCGCCUGGGUCUGCGCCGGCCGCCCCGACUUCGGCUUCCCGGUCAAGUACUCGGCGCCGCGGCGGCCUACGGCCAGCGGCGACUAUGACAAGAAGAACUAUGUUUGAGUGCGCUUUCGCGGCAGGGCCGCGAGCGGGAGGACCGGCCAGGGGAGCCCCGUAUGGACGGCGGCCUCCGCGGCGCACAGGCUCUGCGGAACUCUGGGUCCUGCGCACGGACCGGACUCUGCCCGUAGCCCGUCCUCUCCGGCCGCCUAGCCGGCCCCGGGCUGCGCCCCGUCCCGCAAGGCGACGCGCACUUGGG